AUGGGAAAUGCUUUCUUCAUUGAGAACUUUCUUUUUUUCGCACAAAGUUUUAUAGAAGAAUUUACAGUCUUUGUUUGUUUAUAUCUUUGUUUGUUUAUAUACAAGGAAAAGUCUACGAUGGCUUUCCUCAAAUCCCUUGUCUCUGCUUUGGCUAUGACCUCUGCUCUCCUACCUGCUUCUGCAGGUCUUAUUAGUAAACGUGAUGUGGUCAAGCCCAAAGUCAUGGUUGUAUCAAUGUUUGCUCCUGAAGCCAAUGCUUGGUUAAACCCUUGGAAUGACUUGUAUGCAAACAAUAUAACCGUUCCCGGUUUGAAUACCCUCUUUCCCGAAGUGCACUGCAAUAGUGAAGAGACUGUUUGCCAGGUCACUACUGGUGAAGGCAAGUCGAAUGCUGCCAGUACUAUGACGGCUUUGACUUUAAGUUCCAAAUUUGACCUUUCUGAGACUUACUUUUUGAUUUCGGGUAUCGCUGGUAUUAACCCAUAUGCAGCUUCCCUUGCUUCUGUCACCGUUGCUAAGUAUGCCGUGGAUGUCGAUUUGGUUCAAACAAUCGAUCUCCGUGAACUUCCCAAACAGUAUGAAUCCGCAAGCUGGGAAAUUGGUACUGAUCCUUAUAAUGAUGGUUCUUCUAAUAAUGAAGUUGUUUACCCCAAGUCAUUUCCUUACCAAACCAAUGUUUAUCAAUUGAACUCCACCUUGGUUGAAGCUGCUCUUCAAGUCGUUAAAGAUGUUGUCCUUGAGGAUAAUGAAAAAACUGCCGAUUAUCGUAAGCAUUACCAACAAGCUGCCGCUCAACGGGCUCCUUUUAUUGUUCAAUGUGAUACUGCUACUAGUGAUAAUUAUUGGGCUGGUAAUUAUAUGGGAGACUUUGCUAGCAACAUCACAAAUGUCCUUACCAAUUACACAGGUCAUUAUUGCUCCUCUCAGCAAGAGGAUAAUGCUUCUCUUACUGCUAUUAAGCGUGCUGCUAGUCAAGGUUUGGUAAACUUCAACCGCAUCAUUCUCAUGCGUUCUGGCUCUGAUUUCGACCGUGGUAGCGACUCGGUUUCUUCUCUUGACAACCUUAUUAAGGAUGAUGGUCAUGUCCUUCCUCUUGCUGCUGCUAACCUUUACCAUGCUGGCAAACCUUUGGUGGAUCACAUUGUGAACAAUUGGUCUUACUGGAACUAA